UUCUGGGAUAUAACUGUCAUGGCGGCGCCCUUACAGCAGAAAUGACAUCUGACUUCAGAUAUUAUUUGCUUGAGUUUAUUUUUUCUUCACACCUCUGCUUUCGGAGUCUUUAUACUGAAUGAACUCAGCCGUGACGGUGUUGAGUGCACUUCCUUUUAUUUAAAAAUCUGCAAUGAAGCGAAUAGCAGCCUUGAUUGGAAGGACUGCAGUGUCCUGUUGGCAUCAUGGGAGCCCACAUCUUCCCCUUCUUCCUGCCUGGGCCCCCGGAAGUCCUCACACCUGUACGCAGAUCCGACACCUGGCUGCGAAACAGAAUAAAGGUCAGAAGAUCAAAUCCAAACCAGUGAAGCUAGAGAAACCACAGAAGCAGGAGGUGGAGAUCAAACAGAGGAUGACCGUGUCAGAACUCGCCGAGGCCAUGAAUAAAGACAUUGAUCAUGUCUAUGAGGCCCUGCUGAACACAGAUGUCGAUCUGAACGAGUUGGAGCCCGACACAGAGCUUGAAGAGAAAUGGAUAAAAGAAGCAGUGAAGAGAUCGGGAAUGAAACACAAGUGGGCCAAACUGGUAGAAACCAAAAUCAGAGAAAACAAAGAUAUCCAGAGACAACCUCCCCCAGAUCACGCUCAGUUAGUCCCUCGAGCUCCAGUGGUGACCAUCAUGGGUCACGUAGAUCAUGGAAAGACCACCCUGCUGGACAAUCUGAGGAAGAGUCAGAUCGCUGCUCAGGAGGCGGGGGGAAUCACUCAACACAUCGGAGCGUUUCGGGUUCAGCUGCCCUCAGGUGAGAAGAUCACUUUUCUGGACACACCUGGUCAUGCAGCGUUUUCUGCCAUGCGGGCGCGUGGAGCCAUGGUCACCGAUAUAGUCAUCCUGGUGGUUGCAGCUGAUGAUGGUGUGAUGAAUCAGACUAUUGAGUCCAUAAAACAUGCCAAAAACGCCAAAGUGCCGAUUAUUGUUGCUGUGAAUAAAUGUGAUAAACCUCAAGCAAAUCCCCAACACGUGAAAGAGGAGCUUGUAGUCCAUGAUGUCGUCUGUGAGGAGUUUGGUGGGGAAAUACAGGCCAUACAUGUGUCUGCAUUAAAGGGGGAAAAUUUAUUACAGCUGGCUGAAGCCACGGUGACGCUGGCAGAGGUCUUGGAGCUGAAGGGUGACCCCACAGGCCUGGUGGAGGGCACGGUCAUCGAGAGCCGCUCCGAUAAAGGCAAAGGGCCGGUUACCACAGCCAUCAUCCAGCGCGGCACUCUGAGGAAGGGCUGUACGCUGGUGGCAGGAAAGUGCUGGGCUAAAGUGCGCUUCAUCUUUGAUGAGUAUAAUCAGGCCGUGAGCGAGGCCGGACCCAGCAUGCCUGUGGAGAUCGUGGGUUGGAAGAACAUUCCCUCUGCCGGAGAGGAGAUCCUGGAGGUGGAAUCAGAGCAAAGGGCCCGUGAGGUGGUGGAGUGGCGCAGCUACAUGGAAGAACAAGACAAGAUGAAAGAAGACCAGCAGGUCAUCGAAGUCAAGCAGAAGCAGCAUCAGGAGAGCUAUAAGAAGGAGAGGGAGAGCAUGGCCCAUCUCUCCUGGAGACAGAGGAGGGCGGCCCUGUACAAGGCCAACAAACACAAAUUCCCCCACAGGGUCAGUGAGAAAACCGAGACGGAGGAACUCAAACUGCCCAUCAUCGUCAAAGGUGAUGUCGAUGGCUCAGUAGAAGCUAUUUUGAAUAUCCUGGAAAGCUACGAUGCUGAUGACCAGUGUGUGUUGGAUGUGGUACAUUUUGGUGUGGGAGACAUCUCAGAAAGAGACAUUAACUUGGCGGAGACGUUCUCAGGCACCAUAUAUGGGUUCAACGUCGCCGCAAAUAAAUCGGUUCAGCAGAUGGCUGAUAAGAAGGGCAUUCCUUUAAGGUUACACAAAGUCAUCUACAAACUCAUAGACGAGCUCAAAGACGACCUGAGCAGCAACCUGCCUCCAACCAGAGAGGAAAAUUUAAUCGGGGAGGCCUCAGUUCUGGCCACGUUUGAGGUGACGAUUGGGAAAAAGAGGAUCCCAGUGGCUGGUUGUAGAGUUCAGAAGGGCGAGCUGGACAAAAAGAUGAAAUUCAAACUUAUCCGAGGGAAAAACAUUCUCUGGAAAGGAUCCGUGACAACACUGAAACACCUGAAGGAUGACGUUCUGACAGUGAAGACAGGCAUGGAAUGUGGCCUUUCUUUAGAUAAUGCAGAACUUGAAUACAAACCUGGGGAUGAAAUUAUUUGUUACACUGAAUCGGAGAUCAAACAGAAAAUAUCUUGGGAUCCAGGAUUUUAAGGGACUGUAUUUGGUGCAUCAGUAUACAAUGCAGUGCAGUUUACAUGAAUACGCUGUAGCAAACCUGCCUAUAGUCACCAACUGAUCAUUUAAAAAAAUAAAAUGUGAUGGUCUUAAUUUUGACUCUAGAUAUCGGGACUGAAAUAAGUGUACAUAAUGUAUCUUGUAAUGUAAAUAUAAACGAGGAAGAGUCACAUUUUCAAAAAUUGAGAGAAGUACGCAAUAUGGCUCAUGUAAUAAAUUGAAUACAUUAAAACAUUUUUGAAUUCAA